AUGAAGGCCAAUGGGACAAAUAAUGGUACCAAUCGUAACGGAAGCGCGACCGUGCGAAUUCCAGGCUGUAGCCGCCUGAACACGCCAUUGGCAGCCACCACCACACUGGAGGAUCCGGGAACACCAGCCUCUUGGAAGGGCCCGCCGCCCGGCUCGGAGGCAUCACCCUUUACGCCGAACUCCGUUGGCCAGGGUGGAGGCCCUGGGUCCGGUCCCUACAACAGUACAGGUGGUCCACCUAGCAAUGCAGCCUUUCAAGGUCCGAGUCCCUUUCCCGGCGGCGCUGGGAGUCCAGCGGGCGCGCCACCUUAUCAAGGACCACCUCCAGGCUCCGCGACGCCUCAAUACACCGCGUCGCCGGCACCCAGCGGUUCCUCGACGCCCGGUCCGGGACCGCCACCGAAUUCCGCGGGCUUCCCGCCGCCGCCGAAUAAUUCCGGGCCUCCUUACAAUGGGCCCGGCCCGAGUCCGUUCGGUUCGCCAUCUGGCGGGGCGCCGCAGUUCGUUGGCCGACCCGGUUCCUCGGGACCACCGUUCGUACCUCCGGGAGCAGGAAAUCCUCAUUUCCCUUCUCACGGGCAGCCGUUCGGCGCACCCCAAUACGGUAUGCCGCCCGGUAGCCCGUUCGGACCCGGCCAUCCGAUGACAGGACCCAUCGGACCCGGUCAUCCAGCGAUGAUGGGACCAGGAGGACCCGUAGAGAGGAUAGACCAAGGGUGA